UAUUGUCCCAUCUCUAGAACGUAACAGUGUGACCCUGCAAAUAAAGUUUUUAUCAUAACUGGCUCACAUUUUUCGGCAGCUUAUUAUUUAACAUAAAUUAUAACUCAAAAUCUCAAAAUGAACAGCAUUGGCGAGGACUGCAACGAGCUGAAGAAACAGUACGAUGCCUGCUUUAAUAGUUGGUUCUCGGAGCGAUUCCUCAAAGGUCAGACAGAUGACUCGGCGUGUGCGCCUAUUUUCCGGGUAUAUCAGGAGUGCGUGAAGCGCGCGAUGAAGGAGCAGAAGAUCGAGCUACGGGAAAUCGAAACGGAAUACACCACGAGUUCGGAAUACGAUAACUCCAGCAGUUCCGGAGGAAAGCAGCAGCAGAGCAAGAGUUGACCAGCGAUGGCAGUUCCCGGCUAUGGCUCCAAUCCGAUAAAAGACCAGGAUGCGGAACACCAGAGUUUCACUAGUCACCAGAGGCGAGGAUCUGGAUAAGUUCCAUGUAAUGGUCAGAGAGCUCAGAGGGAUGCACGUACCAGAAGCAGCUUUUGUUAAGUUAUAUGAUUCCUAUAACCCCACAAAUACAAUUUAAAUUAUCUAGUAUAUGUGUAGUUCAUCUUUAAGUUCAAAUAGAGUUUUUAAAAAUCGUUAUAUUCUGCUUCAAUGCAAUAAAAAGUGUUGUAAAUAUAUAAAUGUUAAAAAACUUCUUAUCAACCAAUGCAAGGUUUUUAAAAACGACGCACAGAUCGAAUAACAUCUUUGUCUUUUGUUAUCACUUAACGUGAGGGAUUCACCUUAAACAAAUAGAAUCUGGGUUUCCCAAUUGGGGAAGAACUUUUAUUAUUGAUAAUGCAGAGGAAUCCUCGCCUAUAAAUUGCAUCUCAUGCGGAUGCCAAGGCACACUCGAAAGUUUAACUUCCAAGAAGAACGAUGCAGCUACUCCCUUUGCUCGUGAUGCUGGCUUUGGUCAUCUGCGCCGCUUGCAAGAACCACGAGGAUUAUCCAGGACACCGACCAGGAGACUACGAACCAAGGCCUUACUCAAGACCAUUUUAAUUUUAAAGGACCUAUCCAAAUGUAUCAAUGAUUAAACUUUGAAUCGAA